UAUAUACCUGAACAUUCCGAAAUGAUAUGCAGAUGACAGAAGUUAUCGCUGAUGUGGAUGCAGGAUAUUUAUUAACACAUUAUGUGGAAGACAUGCAUUAAGAAAUGCAAAAACGAUGUUAUUGUAGUCCUAUUUAUGUGUUUCUAUUUAUUUUAAGUGUAUUUUUCAAAAUACAGUGUGAGUCAGUGGAUGAACAUGACAAUUUAAUACAGAGUUAUUUUACUAGCCAUCUCUUAAAAUACCACGGCCAUCGUCAUACACGAGACUGUCAGCAUAUUUUAUUUGGCAAUGUGACGAAGUCUAAACAUAUGGCACAUGGGUAUGGCAGUUCUGAUAUCAUUCACCCUAUAGCUGAAACUCGCCAUGCAAUAAAAGCUGUGGGCCAGUUUAUUAAACGUGACGCACAGAUACAUUUUACUGUUGUUAACAACCCAGUGAGGUCUAUAUCUGUAUUAGAACCAGGAUACAAAGGAGGAUGUGAUGACCAAAUCAGGUCUACGACACCAAAAUCAGCCAAACAAAAGAAUUGUUUAAUGGCAAUCAAUGCUGGAUUCUUUAAUACACGUAAUGGAUCAUGUCUAGGAAAUGUAAUUAGUGAUGGGAAAGUGGUAUUGGAUUCUAAUGGAGUACAAAAUGCACAUUUUGGUAUAACAAAGGAUGGACAUUUAUUUUUUGGUUAUUUAUCUGAAAUAGAUUUGGUUGCUGAACAAUUUCAGCAGUUAGUAGGAGGUGUGAUCUGGCUUGUCAGGGAUGGGAAAACGUACAUCACUGAAAGUAUAAAGAUUGAAUGUCAGGACACUCAAGAAACAGGUACACUAGAAAGAUUUGCUAACGUUAUGUCAGCCAGGAGUGUUGUUGGAAGUGAUAAAGAUGGAAGGGUAUUAAUAAUGCAGGUGGAUGGUAAAACUGAUCAUAAUGGAAUGAGUUUGUAUGAAAUGGCUGAUGUAUUGCUGGAGUAUGGAUUUGUUAAUGCAAUAAAUCUGGAUGGUGGUGGUUCUGCUACUUAUGUAGUAAAUGAUACUUUAGUUAACUAUCCAACUGAUAGAUGCUUAGAUGAUGAGAAAUUCAACUGUGCAAGAAAGGUAUCUACCAUUUUGUGUGUUCAUGAAGUUGAGUGCUCUCCCUUAGAUUGUUCUGGUCACGGCACCUGUAAAGAUGGAGAGUGUCUGUGUAAUACCAACUGGGCCGGAUCAGCUUGUGAUCAUCUGAAAUGUCAGAAUGAGUGUUCACAACAUGGGACGUGUACAGAGGAUGGGUGUACUUGUGAGGCUGGAUGGAAGGGAGAUAACUGCAAUACUUCCUGUUCACAAGGGUAUUAUGGGAAGAAUUGUGUUCAGCAGUGUUCCUGUUCACAUGGUUCUAAUGGUACCUGUGAUGCUGUUAAUGGACAUUGUGAUUGUCAACCAGGAUUCACUGGUCAAUUAUGUGAAAAAGAAUGUCCAAUAGGUUUCUAUGGUAACCAAUGUUCCAGUGUUUGUUUAUGUACAGAUGGAUGCCCAUGCCACCCACCAACAGGAAGUUGUAAUUUUACAGAUCUAGAUCAGCAUUAUAUACAAGCUGGAAAAUGCUAUGCAAAACAACAGAUUCAAAGGCAGCAUUUAGUUUCCGAUAAAUCAGAAGAGUUUAGGACAAUAACAAUUAGUCUGAUUUGUAUCAGUACAUUCGCAGCAGUCAGUGUUAUAGUUAAUAUAGUAUUCGUGUGUAAAUUAUUCACAACAAAGAAAAAAGUGAAGCAUGGGAAGAAGAAGAGAGAAAGAACGAAGUAUAGUUUUGUAAGUAAGUCUGAAAAUGAGAUGUCUUCAUUUAGUGAUUAUCCUAUGGUGACAACAACAUUUACCAAGGAAGCUAAACAGAUAAAGCCUGGAGUUGGAGUUAAUCUUAAUUCAGAUUAGCAGAAAAUAUAUGCAGCAGCUAUUAAACAACUAUGUUUAACUUAAAAUAAGUACAUUGUCAUUCCAAAAUGUUUAUGCCAGUUUUGUAUACUAAAAUUAUUUUCUAAUGAAAUUUACAAAUGAAAUAUUUAUCAAAACUAGAUGGAAAAUGAAGUCAAAAAUUGCAUCAGUAAUUUUGUACAUGUUAAUCAUUGAUUUAAGCUGUUAAUUAUACCAAUUAUUAGAACUGAUCUGUAUGUAGUUAUAUAAAAAGUGUUAUUUCAAGGUUUGUUUAGAUGGAUGUAAACAUGUUUAUUAUUAGUGUCCUUAAAAUAACAAAGAUUUUUCAGACUUUUACAUUAGACAUCAUCAUAUACAUCAAAAAGAGAAUAUUUUCAAGCAUUAUUCAUGGCAAAAUAACUUAUUAUUUUAGAGGUGCUAAAAGUCAUGUUUUAUGUGUGUUCUUCAUAUGGUGUCUUAUACAUGUAGUAAAAUAUUCAAAUGUCAAUCACAACAUAAUAAAAAAAAGAAGUCAAAUAUAUGCACUUGGUAUCUAGAUAUGUACAUUGUAUAGAAUGUGCAGUAGAAUCACACAUAAGGGGACAUAACUAAAACUAAACUACAUGUCACAUUGAGUUCGUUUUUUAAGUAGUUCUAUUCAACACUUUUUUGAAAUAAGUCCAUUUGGCUGAUUUUGGUGGAGGCAUUCAUUACAUACUAAAUUUAUUUAUAAUAUAAGAUGUUAGAUUAUACUUACAUUGUUAAUAGAUAUUGAUAAUUUUUUUGUUAGGGAGGCGAUAUUUCAAAGGCAACUACGAGAGGAGAAGAUUUUUAAAAGCAAAAAAGGUUUCUGGUACUAAAAUUGUACUCAAGUACUGUCCAGUUCACUGAAAUUGGUUUCUCUUUUAGUUUCAUAUAAAUUGGUUUUUCUUUUAGUUUCAUAUAAAUUGUUUUUUUCUUUUAAGUUUCAUACCAAUUGUUUUUUCUUUUAGUUUCAUAUCAAUAAAACAAAAUAGUUGUAGUAAUAAAAUAUUUUUAGAAUAUUCAUAGGUGACCUGUAAUUGUAAACUUCUACCUCAUUUGGUCUGUGGAGAGUUUUCUCAUUGGCAAUCAUUCCAUAUCUUCUUAUUUUAAAUGAAAGAUUUUUGAAAAAUAUUGAUAUUAAGUGAAACUAUUUAAACUUUUCAGGUACUUUUACAUGCGUCUUAUUCAUUUGUACAUACAUUCCAACUUUACCAGUCCUUGCUCUUAUUCCUUCUAGCCACAUGUCUAUGACAAUACAUGUUUUAUACAAAUUUUCUUUCAUUUUUUUUUAAUUGCCUGAUUCUAAGAAACAAAAGUAUAUGAUUAUAUGUGUUCAUUGUUUGGUUGCGGUGUUGAAACCAUGCGUUUUUAGUUAAAUAAGUAAUUGGAUGGGGUUGGGUUUAAUAUGUAUUAUUACAUUGGUUACAAUGAAUUACAUAGAUUUACAAGUGAAAUAAAAACUGAUAAUUGUGAAAUAAAUGUGGUUAUUUUACUCUCUGAUGCCAUACAAUAAUAGACGUUGUCAAGAAGUUGAUAACGGCCGAUCACAACAAAUUGUGAAUGCGUAGAAAAAAGAUAUAGUGUCUUACAUGUUUUACAUGAAGUUAAAAAAAAAAAGAAGCCAUUUGCCAAUGUAAUAAAAAGAAUAACUAAUUAAAGAAUUCAAAUAUCGAAAAAUAUUCAACUCGUGCCCAAACAACACUGCGCGCAUUUGUGAAUUAAUGUGUUGUUCGGUCACUCGUUGAAUAUUUAACUCUAUUUGAAUUCUUUGAUUAGUUAUUCUAUAACUAACGAAAUAUUGUGUUACAUUUGUUUAGUUUAUUGUGUAUUGUGAUGAUACUCAGGGUUAUGUACAUGUACUAUUUUUGAUUAAUGCAUUCAAGUAUUAUGAGACAACCAUUGUAUUUUGUAUCAGAUAGUAUAAGGUGUAUACAGUUUUACAAUAUGAUUUUAGAAUGCAUAGAAAGAUUUUUUCAAUAUAGGUUUUUGUGCCUUGUAAUGUUAUGAAGAAGAAAAAAGCAGAAUAGCAUAAAAUAUCUUUUUACACUUUGGUUAGUGAACUAUUUUCUUUUUCACUCUCUCUGCCUGAAGGCUAAAUAUAUGUCUUUUUAGUUUGGCUUUAUUCGAAAUUAUUUUCAGAACUCUUUGGUAUUUUUUAGUAAUUGUAUAACAUGGUUAUUCCUGUAAUUUUAGCAUUGUGUUUAGCUUGAUGUCAUAUUGAGUACUUCUUCAAGAUUCACAAUCAAAAAUGGUCUUAUUUUAAA